AUGUCUGCUCCCUCAAACCAGGUCGAGCAACUUCCUUAUGACGAACGCGAAGAAGACUACCAAGAGUUCGAAGAGUACGAUGAGGUGAACAAGCCAGCUACCCGCCCCUUCUACAAGAGGCGUAAGUACUGGAUCUUCUGCGCCAUUCUCACUGUCAUCACCCUCGCCGUCGCUGUGCCCAUCGCUCUCUUUGUCAUCCUCCCUAAGGUGGCCCAGACCAUCAUCAACAACUCCAACAUGGGCUUCAAAUCCAUCCAGAUCUCCAACCCCACGAACACCAGCAUGACCAUGUCCAUGAACGGAGAGCUCUCCAACACCGGUCCCUUCUCUGCCAACAUUAAGUUCCCCGCGCCCAUCGAGGUCUACUACGGCGAGACCUUGCUCGGUUCCAUGAACCUGCCCGAUACCAAGGCCAGCGGCGGUCGCGGUGACCUGAUUGCUGAUGCUACUUUCACCAUUGCCGAUGAGGCUGCCUUCGGAAGCUUCUCUGCUGAUAUGAUGAGCAACGAGAAGUUCACCUGGAAGCUCAAGUCCACGGUCACCAUCGUUGCCCUCGGACGCACCGUCAGUAACCUUAACCUCGACAAGGAACUUGAUGUCUUGGGUAUGGCUGGUUUCCCUGGUGUCCAGAUUCUCAGGUUCGACUUGCCUUCCGAUGCUGCACCUGGCCAAGGUAUCAACCUGGUCAUCGACACUGCCAUGAACAACCCCUCACCUAUCGGUGUCACCCUUGGAACUAUUGUCCUCGACAUUGGCUUCAACGGUACUGCCCUUGGUCAGGUCCGUGCCACUGGUGCCUCCCUCUUGGGCAACUCCCAGUCCAUCCUCAACUUGACCGGUACUAUGGUCCCCCAGACCACCCCUGAAGGUCUUGCCACUGUCAGCUCUCUCUUCUCGGCUUACAUCGCUGGUACCUCUUCCGAGACCACCGCUCGCGGUGUCUCUGUUUUGCCCGAUGGUAUCAACGAAGUCGGCUGGCUCUCGGCCGGUCUCAAGUCCAUGGUCCUCAAGGUCGCCCUCCAGGCCCCUGCUCCUUUGAACGUCAUCAAGUCCAUCGCUCUCGGUCCCAUGGGCAUGAACUGGACCAACACUGAUGCCUAUGCACCCCUGGCUAACUCUCCCGGCGUCGUUGCUGGUUUCGAGAUGCCCUUCGGCUUCACCUUGAACGUCACCCAGGUCCAGAACAGCAUGACUGUCAUCUACAACAACAAGUCCAUUGCCACCCUCAAUGCUGCUGAGUGGGGCGCUGCCGUCACCACCAAGGACGCCAACGGCACUGCCAUCAACUUUGCCUUGCCUCCUACCCCCUUCGCCAUCGCUGAAGAUUCCCAUGCUGACUUUGAUGACUUUGUCAACAAGUUGACCAUUGGCACUACCCAGCCCUUCACCGUCAGCGGUAUUGCUGGAACCGUCGCCAUGACCCCCAUUGGAGAGGUCCGCAUCACCGGUAUUCCCUUCAAGUCUGACGUCGCCUUGUCUGGUCUCCAGGGUCUCAAGACUGACCCCACCGUUAUCAACAAGUUGACCGUCAUCGGCGGUACCACCGCUGGUCUCCAGAUUGCACUCGACUUGACCAUGACCAACCCCUCCCAGCUCACCAUCGACACUGGUGUCGGUGACAGCGCCGUCGUCACCUUCGGUAUGGUCUACCAGGGCGACAACGUCGGAACCGUCAUUUUCCCCACCUUGGACCUUCUCCCCGGUGUCAACAACGUCCAGGCUGGUGCCUUGUUCACCCCCACCGGCACCGCUGGUGGCCAGGCUCUCUUGCAGCAGUACAUGACCAACCAGGUCUCUGUCGUCGACAUUUUUGGCUCUGCCUCGUCCUCUGGCAUUGCUCCCUUGGCUGCUGGUCUCAAGGAUGUCCAGUUGUCGUCGAACAUGCCCGGUAACCCCGCCCAGCUCCUUGUGGGAACUUCCUUGACCAUCCUCGACGACACUGGCAAGACCGGUAUCGCCAUGGCCAGUGUCAUCGUCAACAACCCUUUCAUCCCCGGUUUGACUAUCAAGGCCAUCAAGUCGACUGUCGAGUACAACGGCCGUGCCCUCGGUGCCAUUGAUAUCCCUGAAGUCACCAUCGCUGUCGCCGGUAUGACCCAGCAGGCCUCCCAGCCCUUGCCCCUGUCCAUGGACUUGUCCAUCGACUCGCUCCUCUCGCUCAUGAUUGACCAGGCCAACGUCAACAACCUUAACGCCGAGCCCAUGAUUGCUUUGGGCAAGAUGGCCAAGGACCCCACUGUCAAGAUCCCCUCGUCUGUCUUUGUCGGCUUCAACUUGCCCACUUUCGUCAAGGCUGCCAUGGUCGGUCUCAAGGUCGAUGUCACCAUGACCGUCGAUGUCCUCGUCGGCGAGUAUGCCACUUCGCUCACGCUCGUCCAGAAGGGUGUCCCCACCGCCACCGAUGACACUAUCUUGAAGCUUCUUCCUAUCGUCGGCACCCCCAUUGCCCAGGCCAUUGUCGACCUUGCCACCUUGACCUUCGACAGCGUCAUGAUCAACAGCCCCGCCGAGACCGACUUCACCACCAACAUCAACGGUCUCAUUGCCAACACCGGACCCUUCGAUGCAGACAUCACCUUCCCUUCGGGCUCUGGUGUUGCCUGGAUCAACGGCGGCAACACCGUUUCGAUCGGUCAGAUUGCCAUGCCCACCGUCAACGCCAAGGCCGACGUUGGUGCCAAGCUCGCCUUGACCAACGUUCCCUUCCACGUCACCAGCGGCCCCAGCAUGGGCUCCUUUGUGGGUUACUCGCUUCAGGCCGAGUCCUUUGACUGGGAGGUCACUGCCACCAACAUGACCGUCAUUGCCAUGGGUGCCCCCAUCCCCGGUAUCCACAUGACCAAGAAGGUCACCCUCAAGGGCUUCAACGGCCUCAAGGACUUGAAAAUCGAGAAGUACGAUCUCCCCUCGAACGACCCCGACGGUAUCCACCUUGUCCUCACUGCUUCCCUUAUCAACCCCUCCAACGUCGGUAUUGAUAUGGGCACUGUCGAGUUCUCCAACGAGUUCGAGGGCCAGGACAUUGGUUUCGUCAAGGCCGCCGGUCUCGCUCUCCAGCCCGCCGGCACCACCCCCAUCGCCAUGGAGGGUACCUUGACCAAGCAGACCUCCGAGGCCGGUCUCCAGGCCCUCGGUAACAUGUUCCGCCUCGCCCUUAAUGGUGGUUCGCCCAACUUGAUUGUCAAGGGCAAGUCUGUCACCCCUGCCUCAGGCCCUGUCUCCUGGUUGAGCUCUGCUUUCUCGUCCUUGUCCAUGAACGUCACUCUCCCCAGUCUCGGCAAGCAGGAUAUUAUCACUGGCAUCACCCUCAAGACCAUGACCUUGGACUUCACCGGCUCUGACCCUUACAGCGUCAUGACCUCGUCGGACAACAUCGAGGCCAACUACCACAUCCCCUUCGCCUUCCCCCUGAGCAUCACCCAGGUCGCCGAGGACAUGAGCAUCCAGUUGCCUCUCGGUAACGCCGUCGCCAACUUGAAGCUCCCCAUGGGUCCCUCCCAGACCAUCAGCCCCGGCCUCCUCAAGACUGCUUACACCAACCAGCCCUUGAACGUCAUCAGCAGUCAGCACGAGGUCUUCAACCAGUUCUCCAAGAUCUUGACCACCGGCCCUGGUGUCCAGUUCUACUUGGUCGGUACCGCUGACACUGUUGCCGAGACCGCUGCCGGUGCCAUCACCAUCCCCGGUGUCGCUGUCAGUGUCCAGUCGACCAUGAUCGGCAUGAACCUCAACGCCCAGCCCGCUGCCAUCACCAACAUCUCGGUCGCCGGCGGUACUCCCGAUUACUUGGUCAUCAAGCAGAACGUCGUCCUCCAGAACCCCUCGGGACUCACCGUCAAGGUCGGCAAGGUCUCGUUCGAUAUCACGUACUCCGGCAUGAUGAUGGGUAAGGCCGUCGUCAACGACAUGGUCCUCGCUCCCGGUGCCAACACCCUCCCUGCCGAGUUCCACCUCGCCCCUGCUGACUCGCACGUCCGCGAUGCCUUCUUGAGCGGUUUCGUUGCCGGUAUGACCUUCAACCUCGGCAUUGCCGGUGGUUCCGACUCGACAACUGUUGAGUCCCUUCAUGAGGCCAUGCAGUCCGUUAAGACGUCUGCCUCGAUCACCGGUAUCACUGACAAGUUGAUUGGCACUGGCUCUUCUGCCAUUGCCAACAUCUGGAACAUGUUGCAGCUCACCGACGUGCGCAGCACCCCCGUCCAGGUCAUGAUCUACAACCCCUUCGAUGCCCCUCUCUACAUCAAGAGCAUGUACGCCGAUGCCAUCUGGGACGGCAAGCCCUUCGGUAUCGUCAACCAGGAUGUCGGCAUGACUGUUCCCCCCAAGUCGAGCCAGCUCUCGCCCGUCGUCCAGAUGAAGUCACCCGCCGGUCUUGAAUUCAUGGGUACCUUGCUUCCCUUCAUGGCCAAGUACCCUCAGUUGGUCAUCGGCCAGACUGCCAACGUUCCCUUCCUCAUCAAGUCCCAGAUCACUGCCGUCGUCGGUGGCGAGAACGGUUAUCUCGGUAACGUUGCUUACGCCCAGCCCGACGCCAUCUUUGGUGUCAAGGUCUCCUUCGACCUCAAGCCCGCAGGUGCCGUCUUGCCCGCAGCCCUUGGCGGUCCCGCUGCUGUCCCCGAGACCAACACCACCACCACUGCCACUGAGCCUUCGACCACUGCUACUCCCCUUCCUGAGCAGCCCACGGUCACCCCCACUACCGCUGAUACGACUACCGUUCCCGCCACGGCCACGGCCUCGCCCACGACUACCGUCGCUGCUGUUACCCCCGCUGUUAUCGUGAAGCGUCAGGCUGCUCCUUCGAUCCUCGAGACUGGUCCUCUUGACCAGUCGCCCGAGCAAAUCGAGGCCUGGCUCAAGGCCGUGGUCAACAACUUGGCCGUCAACCAGGGUCUUGCCGCUCCUUACUAA